AUGGACCUGGUUACAGGCGAAGAGGUCGACAAGCGGUGCCUCCACCCAAAACAACGAGCCUCAUUCACCGUCGACGAGUUCCAAGAGUUUAUUGACAAUGAUCUCACCAGCCCGAUAUUCCAGCGCGUCGUGGCGGAGAUGGAACCUCCCCCCUGGCUAGGAGACAUGACCAAGGGCAAUGAUGACGUGAAUCAUUCCUCCUUCCCACUCCCCAUUUGUCCCGUUAUGGGUACAGCCACCGAGUCACUUGUUCGUGUCGAACGGCUACAGCCAGAAGGCCCCUCCUUCACCAUGACGGACAAUAGCCUGUUGGAGUGGCAGAAGUGGCGGCUGCGCAUCUCCCUUACGCCUCGGGAAUGCGUAGUGCUCCAUGAUAUCCGCUUUGACUACCGCAGCGUUGUGCAUCGAUUGUCUUUUAGCGAGCUGACGGUGCCUUACUGUGAUCCCCGGCCCCUUACCACUGUAAACAGGCCUUCGACUACGGCGACGCUGGAGCCGGCCGCACCGCAAAUAACCUUGGACUGA